CUCCGCUGCACAUCCCAACACACCCAGGCCUCUUCUUUAUCCUAGGACUCGCUCAAAAGGGGUGUGGGAAGUGGGACACAACAGAAGAAAACCAGCACUUUGCAUAUCAUCAUCAUGUCGUCUGCUGGUCGAUCCUCCGUUCUGUCGACGACCAACCUGGACACGCCAGACUUCCGGUGGGUUAGCCUGAGGAAGAUCUUGUGGCAGGACCCGAAGGGGAACAACCGGGUAUGGGAGUGCGCCUUCCGCAACACUCGCAAGUCCGAGUGCGACGGGGUGGCCGUGAUCGUCUUCGUCUCAUACCCUGUCUCCAAGAAGGAGGACGAAAUUUUGCUCAUCUCCCAGUACAGGCCGCCGGUUGCAUCAGAGGUGAUCGAGUCCCCCGCGGGUCUGGUCGACGCGGGAGAAGAUGCGAAGGAAGCGGCAGAGCGCGAGCUGCUCGAGGAGACGGGGUUCUCGGGCAAGGUUACGUCCGUGUCGCCGAUAGUGCCCUGCGACCCGGGCAUGACGGACGCCAACAUGCGGUUUGUCACCAUAGAGGUUAACGGCGACUCCGAGGAGAACCAGAACCCGAAAGCCCGCCCGGAAGACGGAGAGUUCAUCACGCUCCGGAGGCUCCCGGCGACGUCGAUGCAGGAAGGCCUGGACGAAUUCGCAAACGCGGGAUUCCAGGUCGACGCCCGCCUGUACGCCAUGGCUGUGGGCUACACGUUGGGGAGACGCGCUGCUGCGGCCGGUGAAGGUGUCUGCCCGCGGCGAUGGCUGGGAUGCGCCGUGGCGUCUUCGCUGGUUGGUGUUGUGGUGGCGGCUACGUUGAUGGUCGUGGUGGGGGGUGCGAGGCGCGGCAGAUCAUAA